UGGCCGCGGGGCCCGGGGAGCUCGCUAGCGGGUGGGCGUUACCGGGCGCGGCGCGGCGUCCCCUGCUCUGAGGAAGAGGGUGCGAAGGCAGGGCGCCGAGGGCCGAGUGUGUCUGGAGAUGAUAUUAUCAAAUUAAAUAGAAAGGAAGGAAAGAAGCAGAAUUUUCCAAGACUAAAUAGAAGACUCCAGCAAAGUAGUGCUCGGCAGUUCAGGAUGAGAAUACGGUGGGGAAUCCAGCAGAAUUCUGGUUUUGGUAAAACUAGUCUGAGCAGAAGAGGAAAAGUAAUGCCUGGGAAGAGACGUCCUUAUGGAGUUAUCACUGGCCUUGCAGCUAGAAAAGCAACUGGAAUUCGAAAAGGAGUUAGUCCUAUGAAUCGUCCACCUCUAAGUGACAAGAAUAUAGAACGGUAUUUUCCAGUGUUAAAAAGGAAAACAAACCUGAGACAAAAUGAAGUGCAAAGGAAACCAGCUGCAGUUCUCAAGAGACCUAACCAGUUAAACAGAAAAAAUAACAUUCCAGCUAAUUUUACGAGGAGUGGAAAUAAAUUAAGCCAUCAGAAAGAUACUCGUCAGGCAACUUUUCUUUUCCGAAGAGGCCUGAAGGUUCAGGCCCAGUUGAACACAGAACAACUGCUAGACGAUGUAGUAGCAAAGAGAACUCGUCAGUGGCGUACUUCCACCACAAAUGGAGGAAUUUUGACAGUGUCCAUUGACAAUCCUGGAGCAGUACAGUGCCCAAUAACUCAGAAACCUCGAUUAACUCGUACUGCGGUACCCUCAUUCUUGACCAAACGGGAACAGUCUGAUGUAAAGAAAGUUCCUAAAGGUGUCCCCCUACAAUUUGACAUAAAUAGUGUUGGGAAACAGACAGGGAUGACUUUGAAUGAAAGGUUUGGAAUCCUGAAGGAACAAAGAGCCACUCUCACAUACAACAAAGGAGGAAGCCGCUUUGUCACUGUGGGAUAGAUCCUAUAUCAAAGGACCUUUUGAGUGAUGACUCUUGAAAAGUUGAAUUGCUUGAAGAGUUCAUCAUAGAAAUUCAAGAUACUUUACUUCAAAAUAUUCACAA